UCAAGUCCAAGUGUCAAAACUCAAAACUCAAAAGAAACACGUCAAAAAUUCUGUUACAGAAAGUUGUUUUUUAAGAAAAUAAUUUCAUAUGUUUUUUUAGUUCAGUGUAAUAAAUAGUAACGCUAAACGUAGUAUAAUUAAACACAAAUCCAGUGAAAAAAUAAAUUACAAACAUGGAUCAAAUGUUGCCGAGUCCGUACAACAUACCGGGAAUAGGUACCCCGUUACAUCAACCUGAGGAGGACCAACAGAUUCUGCCCAAUGCGUUGCAGCAACAGCACCAUCAACAGCAAGCCCAGCAACAGCAACAACAUUCUCUGGCUUCCUUAAACUCAUCACCGCUCGCGGGAUUUGGCGCGCAGCUUAUGGGUACCCCGCAGCGAACUAUGCACACCUAUGCACCGACCGCCAGCUAUGCGACGCCGCAGCAAAUGAUGCAGCCACAAACACCACAAAAUUUAAUGUCUCCAAUGAUUACGGGAAGUACAAUAGCUGGUCAACAGAUCUUGGGACAAGCGAGUCCUGCACCUAUGACUCCUAUGACACCACACUCAGCUGACCCUGGCAUUACUCCACAGUUACAAAAUAUAGUAUCUACAGUGAAUUUGAAUUGUAAAUUGGAUUUGAAGAAAAUUGCUCUACAUGCCCGAAAUGCUGAAUACAAUCCAAAAAGAUUUGCUGCUGUUAUUAUGAGAAUAAGAGAGCCAAGAACUACUGCUUUAAUUUUUUCUUCUGGUAAAAUGGUGUGUACAGGAGCUAAAAGUGAAGAAGAUUCCCGAUUAGCUGCUCGGAAAUAUGCAAGGAUCAUUCAAAAACUAGGUUUUUCAGCCAAAUUUUUGGAUUUUAAAAUACAAAAUAUGGUUGGCAGUUGUGAUGUCAAAUUUCCAAUUCGUCUGGAAGGCCUAGUGCUCACACAUGGACAGUUCAGUUCUUAUGAACCUGAACUCUUUCCUGGACUAAUUUAUAGAAUGGUUAAACCUAGGAUAGUGUUGUUAAUAUUUGUUUCUGGAAAAGUAGUGUUAACUGGUGCCAAAGUACGUCAAGAAAUAUAUGAAGCAUUUGAUAACAUAUAUCCAAUAUUAAAAAGUUUCAAGAAACAAUAGACUGAUAAUAGUUUUACUCCAUUAUAAAAUGAGAUUAUAAUGUGAUUAAACCUAUAAUAAUGAAUUCCUCCAGUAAAAUAUUUUUGCAUGUUUUUGUUAAUAAAUUUAAGAGCAAUGAAUUUAUUGUA